AUGAAUAUCAUUAUUACGUGCCAGAGGCCGUGUUUAUCGGAAGCACUCCAGCUGACCACAGAUCCACUCCGACAGACUUACUCCUACAAUGAAUCCAUUGUGUUUAACUGUUCACCUGGAUACACUCUUCAUGGACCGUCAAUUAAAUACUGCCUUCAGAAUGGAGACUUCAAUAAAAGAUUACCUUACUGUACAGUCAAUCAAGCUCAAGACACUCAACAAUCAAUUACUGUCGCCAUUUUAGCUGGGUGUGCCAUUGGCCUUGUUGUUUUUUCCUUUGCUACAAUCGUCAUCAUCAUCACAAGGCGGCGACUUCGUAAACAGAAGGAAAAUGUCAACUAUGAAGAAGGAAUUCGCCAAUCAGAAGAUAAAGAUCAUGAGUAUACUGGAAUAAAACAGCAAUCGUUUGACAACGAGGCCUGCUAUACUAUACCAGAAGAAACCUCAGACAACAGAGAUCAACAAUAUACGGAACUGAAGUGAAACCAGAUGAAUGGACAAAAAACGGACGACUAAACGAAAU